GAUGGCUUCCACUCAACCUACCCAGCACGACAUCGACACAACGCUGAGGAAGCACUUGCACCUGAUACAGCGAAAGGAACUGAUGGAAAGCCAUCGCACAUUCCCGCGGGGCAUGGGCCGAGCGCAGCCUGUCGGUACGAGCCGCCUCACGUUGCUCCAGAUAAUCGAUGCAGGCCAGCAGGGCACGGUACUGCUGCUGGGUGAUCUUCUGACUUCCGCUCACUUCCAGCACCGAGUUACGGCGCCUCCGGCCAAACACGAUCGCGCUUGAACGACAAACACAGUGAAAAGCGGGUACAUUAGAUAAGCAAACGGGGCCGCAUUUUUAGACGCGCAAACUGGGGUCGCCCGCUAUGUAUCACGUUAUGCGGUGGGCUUGCAGCGAGCUUAGAGGUCGCCCGUAAACAGAAAUGCAAAACAAACCGUUCUGGUGACCGUGAGGAGGGAGGUCUUGCUUGGGGUUUCAAAGAAUCUGGCUAGCUAUCCCCACUGCCGGUGCGCUUUGUUUACAGAGCUGCUGGCAAAGUCACGGUCACGGCCAUGAGCCCACGGUGGGUCCAGCUCACUCUGGAGGAGCGUACGGGAAAGCUAUAUAAAACCGGGUGGCGCCAACAGGUGCCUGGUUUAAUUAGCGCACGAUCGAGCGCCAGCUUGAUCCAGUGAACUUUCGGACGGGCGAGCAAAAGGGUGAUGAGCAUAAUGUGCACGAUAGUGUCCGUCGUUUUGGCCAGCACGCUUCUGCUGGCAUCGAUCGCUUUCAUAAGCGCAAGCAGUACGGCGGACGGUGGGCAGCACCAACCCGGGGAUCAGCAGCUGGCAAACCAUGAACCGAACGAACAGGGCGACAUUUGGGAGCUCAUAUCAGCCGCAUCCUUUCCACCGCAGAGCUCGUCCGAUCGGAUGAGACGUUACGAUCGCUACCGGAGCAGGGCGCACUCGCACAGGGAAGAGGAGGAUCCGCUGCAGGCCGAAAAUAGCCACGUGGUGGUGCAGGUUUACUCGGUCGAUUCGGACGAGCAGCAGCUGGCGAACGAAUCGUCACCAGCGUCGAUCGGCACACCGAUCCGCUCACUGAAGGUGGAGAACUACGCGACGCCCAAGGAGCAGAUGGACGGCAAACCGACCGAUCGGAUCGAGCGGAAGGUCUUUCCACCGGUGCGCAACGUGCAGGAAAAGCUGGACAAGGUGAUCUCCUCCGUCGAGCAGCCGGAACAGCCGGAGGAACUGCUCUCCGAACGGUUCUUUAUCGACGAUGCGGCUACGAAGCAACAGAAGGGACCGAACGGUGGACGGUAUGGCGGUGGCGGCAAUCCAUUUGAUGCUCAAACGGAUGUAGAGAGUUUCGAAAGGGAAAUGGAGCAGAUGCCACUGAAGCAGGCCAAAUCGGCGUACGCCAACUCGGCACCCUUUUUCGACUACGGCGAGCACACGAGCCAGCGGAUGUUGGACGAGUUCUUUGCGCUGCGCAACCAGGACACGCUGGCGGCCCGCCGCUCCAACUAUGACUGGGGCGAGGGACAGCUGCGGUCGCGCACGCUCGAGGACAUCGAAGCCCAGGGCCGUCGGGUGGCGGCCGGGAGAAGGAAACCGUCCGGAGACUACCAGCGCGAGGAGGACAUGAGCUACGAUCGCUACGCAGACUAUGCUGCCUCCCAACAGCGUGCCGGUACGCAGAAGCUGGGCCGCAAGCAACGGGCCACACCGUCAACGCACGGCCAAACGCACGUCCUCAACAAGGUGCCGAUCGUCGCGUACGAUGGUGAUGGGUCGCUCGCACCGAUGUCAGGCCAGCGGUCGCAGCAGUUCGAACGGUCCCGGUUCCACUACUCGCUCCCGUCGAUGGUGUACAACCCGUACGCCGCCUGGGAUCCGUACCAUCUGAACAUGUUGCGGUGGCCGCAGUGUGGCGCCUGCCAGCAGAAUGCGCGCGCCCUCUGCACCAAGUGCGGGCUGUGUGCGGAUUGCUGUGCGCACAGCAAGUGCACCUGCGGCUGCCUGAAUGGCUAGUUUAGGCGUUGGUUC